UGAAAGACAUGGAUCAUAAUGAUUUUGAUCACGCGAGUGGUAAGUUGCUCCCUGCUGAUCCAAUUUGAAUCACUCUUCAGAUCUGCAGCAGCAAUCGACCGGUCACGGAUUUCUAGUGAAGAUUAGAGAAAAUAGACUCGUCAAAAUAUAUCAUUAUUCCAAUGAACAAACCCUUGCAGAAAGAUUUUCCCUCUGUUGCAUGUCGAGAAUUCGUCAUCUGCAUUCCCAGCUUUCCCUCUUCGUUUUUUGAAAAGAUCAAAGCAUUGGUUCUUCCUUUGUCAUUUCAUUAAGCAAACUUUUGUUGACCUUGCUGACCUCUAACCUUGACUCAAUCUUGUCCGACGACUUCCCCAAUCUUCUCAAUCUUCACCUUUAUCAUUCUCGUUCCUGCUAGACUAGUAUAAGGAACAUCAAAAUGUUGUACCGAGCUAAGGGUUCAGGAAAAGUGUUGAUGGUCGGUGCGUGCCUCGCAUUGGCGCCGCUCGAUGUUGCCGCCGACUUGGGAGCAGCCGCGCUUUACGCUGCCGUAGAGGACCUCGUCGCCGAAAAAACUGGCGAAGAAGUCGUUGCCAAGGACGCAGAAGUCGCAGCCGAAGAGAAACCAGCAGACGUGCCGGCAGAAACUGCUCAGGAAGAAGAAGCCACAUCUUCCACUGAAGCCGCGGCCAAGACGGGUCUCUUCGGUGAGGUGGUUGUCGCGACCAAGGACAACUUCGAUGAGCUGAUCUCCAGCAACCCGGAUGGUAUUUUGAUGGAAUUCUACGCCCCCUGGUGUGGACACUGCAAGAAAUUGGAGCCGGAGUACGAAGCUGCCGCAAAAAAGCUCGCAGAAUUGGACAUUAAGGUCCCGUUGGCAAAAAUCGAUGCCAACGAAGAGGAGCACCGAGCUAUUGGUAUUACUUAUACCAUUUUAGUAGAAUUACUUACCUAUUAUAAGUAGCUUAUAGUUAUAGGUAUUAUAGCAUACGUUUUGAACAUAGACGAUACUUCUUUAAAUUGAAUUUUUAAGAAUUAGAAACUCUUGCAGCUUCUUUUUGUGUGCAAGGAAGGGUCUUUGCAGACUGCAGGACUUGUAGCAUGUUUAUUCGCGCUCAUUGUGGAACUCGAAAUACGAACAUCAAACGUGUUGAUUUUCAAUCCCGCCCUUAAGUAGCUGCAAAACUCCAACCCGCCAAAUGAUGAUCAACAGCUGAACAGCACGAAAUCAAGGGUUUUCCGACCUUGAAGUGGUUUGUAGGUGGAACCUCCAGUGAGUACGAUGGCGGACGUGAUGCUGAUGCCAUUGUUGAGUGGAUUCAGACUAUGACCGGUCCGGCAGUCGUUGAUGGCGAGCCGAAAGACGACGAUCUUAUCUCUGUCACUUGGUAUGGCGCAGAUAAGGAACUCUUUGAGCAGGUUGCCAAGGCUAACAGAAAGGAGGCCAGCUGGUAAACAAUAAUUGUCAUCUGUGUUGUAGACGUAGUCUAUGUCUAUGAUCUUGUCGAUCGAUAUGGGGACAGUCCACUCUCAUAACCAGCUUCAUCCUCUUCGUCCUGUCUCUCGAUCGUUUUUCUCAUCCAUUGCUGGUUUUUUACCACGCACUGUCAGGUCCUCGAUUUUCAUUCUUACAAUUGCAUUGAUUCCACUAGGUACUUUGUUCAGCAGGACUCUGAAGCCGGCAAGAUGGUCGUCCGUCACCGUGGAGAGGAAGCUAUCGAAGCUGCCCCGACGUCCCGUGAGGAACUCGAGGCUGCCUGGAAGGCUGCUUCCUUGCCGACCUUCGGCGCACUCGACGGUCACACUUUCGGCGCCUACGCGGAGAAGCAGUUGCCAGUCGUGUGGACUUUGUUGCCGAUGAGCAAGGACAACGCGAAGGAGGUCGCUGCCGAAGCCCGCGAAGCCAUGACGGAAGUCGGCAAGAAGCUCGCUGGCCGCGUCUUGGUCACCUGGACUGACACCGCCGAGUUCGGCCAUGUCAUCGAGAACAUGUUCGGCUUGAAGGAGUUCCCGCAGAUCGUUGUGCAACCGGCAAUCGGCGAAAAGAAGCACUUCAUUAUGGCAUCUGCUGCUGACGAAGAGAAGAAGCUCGCUUCAGCUGAUGACAUCACCGCAUACGUCGAAAGCGUCCUCAAGGGCGAAGUCGAGCCGAACUUGCGCAGUGAGGCCGCUCCGGAGGAGCCGCAGGAAGAACCAGUCAAGGUCAUCGUCGGAAAGACCCUCAGGGAGAAGGUACUUGUUAGAACGUAGCUUGAAAUUGCUCAAACAUGAUGAACAACAACACAUGAGCAUGGCAGAAGUAUCCUGGAGGAGCGUGUGGGAUUCAAAACCUUGGUUGCUCUUGGUGCUGUUACAACAAGAUUCCAAAGAAACAAUGUAUGUUCUGCUAGUAAUUUGAAUUUUCAUGAUAUUGAUGACUCUUUUCAGGUCUUCUCUGCGGACCGUGAUGUGCUCUUGGAGAUUUACGCUCCGUGGUGCGGACACUGCCAGAAGCUCGAGCCGGAAUACAACAAGCUUGGCCGCAAGAUCGCCAAGGAUGGCUUCGAGGACAUCCUCACUAUUGCCAAGAUGGACGGAACUCUGAACGAUUCCCCAGUCGACGCUGUGGACUGGACUGGUUUCCCGACUAUGUUGUACGUCAAGGCUGGCAGCGAGGAAGUCACGAAGUACGAGGGCGCUCGUGAUGCUAAGUCCAUCUGGAAGUGGAUCAAGAAGAACCACUCCAAGGCUGACUUGAUCGAGGAAAAGAUCGCUGAAAAGGCAGCCAAAAAGAAGGAAGCCGUCAAAGACACCACCACCGAGGAGCCCAAGGCGGAAGAAGCCAAGACCGAAGAGCCGGCUGCCACUGAGGAGGAAAAGCCGGCCCGGGAGGACUUGUAAGUUUUCGGCAACCCCUUUCUAAGGAAUUGGAAAAUGUCGAUUAAACCCAACGGUUCGAGCAUGGGGACAAUCGUAUUUGCAGGCAGCCUCCAAAACAGGAGCGAGAUUACUUACACGAGCAAGUGGAAAUCAGGAGGAGCAUGUUCGAAGACGCUAGUCGUUUCUGAACAAAGAGUCAUGAACUUCUAGUAGUGUCUGAGCCAAGAUUCAGGACAGAACAGGACAUGCGAUAAGGAAAAAGAGAAGUAGUUACUCUUGAUGUUGGGCUGCGCUGGAAUAGAACUCUCAUCAAACAACUUUAGGUAGUGUCAAACUGGUUUUUACCCUCGCAAAGAGGGAGAGGCACACGUCCUCGUUUAUUUUACUCUAUCAGACAAAGCACACACAUGGAAUGAUUUAGUUGGUUCUAUGAUGAAGACAGUAGAAGUGACAAGUUGUGAGUAAGUAAGAACGUUAUGCUCUGCAGGACGGUGUGAUCGGUAUCACAUCACGUGAACGAAGGGGCUUACUCGGACGAUCAGUAAGUAAGGGACGAGAAGAUGUUGUCCUCUGCCUGGUGAAAGCCUUAAUACACCUUGAAGUCACAAUAUGAAAGAAUAUUUUUCUAGUCACAUCACUUAGCCAAGAAUUCGUUUUAUGGUUUUGGUUUGCAGCUCCUGUUUUUUGGAUCCUAACUUGCUAGUUUGGACGAACAAAAAGGAUUGGGAUUCUCUUACAAUGAUAGGUCGACGUAGAAAUCCUCAAGAGUAUUUCGUUUUCGCAUUCUUUCUGCUCGUAUAUUAUCCUAAUAGACACUAAUUCUUUCAUCUUUCAACAGUUAUGCUGAUUUUAUCAUUGUUCCCGUCCUGCUCGUUUAAUUUGGUGAAUAUGUCCUAUAGACAGAGUCGAGCAGAUGCCGGAGCUCGAUGUACAGGAUCCACAACCUAACCUAACCAAUGAAUCUCUUCCACUAAGUUACCUCUGAAGCAAUUGCGUAUGUUGACAGAUAGCGGAAGACGUCAUCGGUCGACGAAGGACACAACCGCUUCCCACGGUGCCUGGAGUUUUUCUGCAUCGCAAAGAUGCAGGUGACUCGUUGGCAGCUACAAACAUUCCUCCUCUCCGAUGAUUCAUCGAAAAAAAUACUUCGCAAUAAGGACCCAGUCGAUCUGGCUCCCGUGUGAGGACCCUGGAAGAAAUAGAGAAAUC